AUGGCAGAAGCUCCACGACAAGGUGGAAGAAAAUUGGUCAAAAGACGCACCGGCAGUGCUGGGCCUUCUCCUAGCCGCGAUCGCGCUCAGUCCGGAAACCGACAUUCGCAACAGGAUACACCCGCCGUCCCCCAGAUAGAUUUGGAAACUGACCCGAUGCCCCAAGAAACCGGCACGUCGCCCGGAAAGGAGAAAAGAUCGAAAUGGCGCCUCUCAAACCCUUUCCAUUCAAAGGACAAGGAGCGCCCAGAUGCAGUAGCAGUUACAGCUGGUGACCCCGCCCCGAUACAAAACCCAGCCGAGAACCCAACAGCUGCAGAAAACUCAGCGAGAGCCGGAGACUCCGCCUACUUUAGCAGUGAGCACGUCAACAGCUCAGACGAAACAAGUGGACACCCGAGCUUCUCAAGCGCCGAGAGACGAGGUUCGCGUGGUGAACAGUUACAGGCACCGACUGCGACACUACAGCCACCGGCUACCAGUGUCACUCCACCCACCCCUUCUGCAUCGCUCAAUCAUGGUCAAGUUACGCAACCGCCAGCGCCAGCUCACCAAGACGCGGGCGACGUGCAGAGAGAGUCGUACACCGAUCAAAGAACCGGGAACGUGGUGACCACGACAACGACUACUACGACUACAACUACCACAACCACCGGACCAGGUGGGUCUACAACCGUGCAGCAACCUGCAGGGCACGACGACAGGAUAUCGACCCACGCUAGCGUAACAGGCACUUCUGGACCCAGCCCACCAUCCCCAGCUCCGCCACUGCCAGCGGAGCACCAAAGUGUCACCCCACCUAAGCAGUCGGGUCCAGCUGUUCCUGGUCCAAGCUCUUCACCACCCAUUCCCAAUAGGAACAACAUGCGCAACCGUGUCGAAUUAGACUCGGUCUCGCCAGGAAUCGAGAGACCAAAUCCAUUGGUCAGCCCGAUUAGCCCUUCGAGUCCGUCGCAGCUACAUUUCUCAUAUCCCGCACGAGCACCACCAGCUGGCGUUCCGCGUCAAGUUCCCUCUCAGGAAUUCAGCUCUCAGCAACCAUUUGAUCAUUCUCAGCAGCCGUAUGAUCAUUUGCAACAGCAUCAACCUUAUCCUCAGGUGGGCUACGGGGAUCGUGCUCACCCUGCACCACUUCGGCCUGGGCAUCAACCCCAGAAUCAGCAGAAGCAGUCCACUUUAGCAAAUUUAAAAACGGCAGCUGCUGGUAUUCAUGGCGCCGGCGAAGCACUCCGCGGUACGCUCAACCAAACCGUCGACAAACGCUUUGCGAAGCCCGACUCAGCUGUUCACGCAAAGAACCAAGCCGUUAUCGACACAGGACGUUCGGAAGUUGAGACAGGGUCUUUCCAUCACUACCCGCAGCAGCCGCAGUAUCAACCUCAGCCGCAAUUCCAGCAACAGCAUGGCCCGCAAGUACCGCCGAAAGUCACUCACGACAGUGUCGGCCCUCAAGAUGAUUGGAAGACACCAUACGGUGGCCCACCAAUAUCUGGAUCGCAAAUAGAGGGGAAGGGUGGGGGAAAGAUGAGUGGUUUCAUGAAGAAAAUGAAGAACGGUCCGAUGGCAUCAGAUAGGGGAAAGUGA